UUUGGAUGUUUUUUUUUUUGCUUCUAUUACAUUUACAGAUCAAGGUGUUAGGCUUAUACCCCCCCCCCCUUUCUGAUUUUGUUAAGAGAGAGAGAGAGAGAGAGAGAGAGAGAGAGAGAGAGAGAGAGAGAUUUCAAAACUCAUAUCUAUAUAGAAACAGUGGUAAUAUGGUGUGAACAGAAUGGAAUCCUCUGUAAUUACACUGAUUCAAUCGUUAUAUGUGGGUUAGAAAAUACAGACAUCAUUAAAAAAAAUCGUGCAACACUAUUUGCCUAACUUUCUUACAAGUCUGUAUCCUGUAUAAAUACAGAUUACCAAAUAUGGGUAACCGAUUCAAUCAAGUGACCCUAUCUAAAUGGAUCACAUGAUCAAAAGUCCGUGCAGCAUUCGCGGCAAAAUUGUCUGAGAAAAUGGAGAAUCGAGGUGUAAUGAUGCUUCUAUUAGGGGUGGCGUUAUUUCAUGUACCUGUAUUCUGUGACAGUGACAGUAACAAUUUUCGUUGCAAAGUAUGUGCUGGACAGGUUGGCGUAUUUAAUUGUGCGCGUUUUUCCCAUUGCGUGAUCAUUAAAGGAGGGCAAAUCAAGAUGCGGGAAAUCCGUCUUUUCAGCUGCAAAGUGAAAAUUGUAAGAAUUGGAUGGUCCCAAAUUCAACAUCCGAUCAUUCGAGACAGGAUGUUUAGGAAGUGUGAAGAUGCCCCAAGAAUUUCCCAGCCUGGUGAAACAGUAACUGUUGCCCCAACCAUACAACCCGGUGGAACAUUGAAGAGGACACACGCAAUUUCCCAGCCUGGUGAAACAGUAACUAUUGCCCCAACCAUGCAACUCGGUGGAACAUUGAAGAGGACACACACACGUUCAGUGUUUACCCAAGACGUCCCCACAAAUUCCCAGCCUGGUGAAACAGUAACUCUUGCCCCAACCAUACAACCCGGUGGAACAUUGAAGAGGACACACGCAAUUUCCCAGCCUGGUGAAACAGUAACUAUUGCCCCAACCAUACAACUCGGUGGAACAUUGAAGAGGACACACACACGUUCAGUGUUUACCCAAGACGCCCCCACAAAUUCCCAGCCGGGUGAAACAGUAACUGUUGCCCCAACCAUACAACCCCAUGGAACAAUGAAGAGGACACACACAUGUUCAGUGUUUACCCAAGACAUGAAUGUGCAGGACAACAACAACCUCUUUGAUGAGCCUGGUACUGCAGGUUUCUUCAGUUGGGCACUUGCUACCUCCAUAGCAAUUUUACUUGUGAUAAUCAAAAGACUGUUGUUUCCCAAGUGGAGAUGUCAUAGAUGUUGCAUGAAACCAGCACAACCACAAACAACAGAAUCACUACCACUUGGACAAGUCCCUUUAAACCCUGCAUACAUGCCAGAAGCCAUGAACCUCCUGCACACCCCUCCGUCAUUAGCGUCAACUCCAAGCACGGUAACUUCAAGUGUUCCUGCACUGUCGCCACAGCAUCCCCUGACACUAGCGUCAACCCCAGCCACUGUAACUUCAAGCGCCCCGUUAUUGUCACCACAGAGGGAUAAUGAUCGAGUGUCAGAUAAUACUAGAUCAAAAUCCCUGAAAAAAAAAUUAAUCUUCUAGAAAGAACAAGUAUUUUUGAUUUUUUUUUCGCUGUUUUAUUUUCAUUAGAAAAUGUUGUGACAGAAACCUUCAUUUAAAAAAUGCUUUUGAGAAAGAUGUACUUCUUUUUAAAAUACGGAAAUUUUUUUAAGAUAUGAAAUCUCUUGAUGUGUGAAAUAUGAAUAUUUUGUUUUAACAUAAAGAGAAAAGACAAAGUGUACUCAUGAUAGAAGUUUAGGAGGAGGAUGAUGUACAUUUUUUUUUCACUGGAUUGUUUUUUUUAAAUGGAAGGUAUCUUGACCAUGUAUUGAAUUGAGAGAAAAGAAAUAAGUGCACACACAUGUUAUUUUCUAUUAUGGUUGAAGAGGGAUGAACAUCUUGAAUUCAUUUAAAAAAGUUAGAAGGAUGACUUACUUUUUAAAGUUUGUUUUUUUAUAUUUUAAACUUUGAGAUAUCCGGGCUAUGUGUAAAAGGAAUUGAGAGAAAAGAAAUAAGUGCACACACGUGUGAUUUUCUAUUAAGUUUUGAAGAGGGACGAACAUCUUGAUUUUUUUUAAAAUGAAGUGAGAAGGAUGACUUACUUUUUUAAGAUUUGUUUUUUUUUUAUAUUUUAAAAGUUUGUGAUAUCUUGGCUAUGUGUAAAAUUUGGAUACUUUUUUUACACAGUUUUGGGUAUAUAAAUUCUCUGUUUUUUAUGAUGGUAUUACUUAUUUGAUGUUCAGGGUAUUACUUAUUUUCUUUUUUCUUUUAUUUAGCCUACAGCUAAUUUUUUUAAACGUGUAUGUUUUUUGGUCGAGUUUUUAUAUGCUGUAUUGACUAUUGGUAUAGCAAGUUAUAUUUUGUUUUGUACAAGGUGCCACAUGCGACUGUAUAACAUAUGGUAAUUAUUGUUCCUUGUUAUUAUUCAUUCCAAUUUUUUCCCAAGUAUUGAGAAAAUGACAUGAUGCAAGUUGUUUAUUUUAUUGUUUUGAAUUUAAAUAAAUUCUUAUGUUCAAACAGGCCUUGUUUUUCUUUAUUUAGGUGUGGUAUAAUGAAAUAUUUUAGGACAUCGUUAGAUUUAAUUGAAUUAGUUAUGGUGUAAUCAAGUAUUACAAAACAUUAUCAUUUUUUUGUUUUAGAAUUUUUAAGUUUGCUUGAAUAAGUUAUCAACAUUCUGAAUUUAAUUUAGAAAAUGGCAGACAGCGGUUUAUUGAAAGAAAUCCUUGACUCCUUGAACGACCCAGACACCGUACAGUUCUUUGCAGCAGCCAAUGGUUUGGUCGGUGAUGUCGAGGUCGAGAACCGAUUACAUGAACUCCAAUGGGAAAAGCACAUCAACAACUUGUGGCAAGAGGUUCUGUCUGAUAUGGAAUCUCCUACUAAAAAAAUACGACAUUCCCUCGAUGA